GAAGGAGAUUCUGGUUGAAGACCGCUUCUGGCCUGCUGGUGGUCUCCCGCGGAGUGCCGUCGGGGUGGGGGGGUGGGGAGCUAUGGCAGGGCCCCUCCUUUGCGGGGCAGGCCGGGUAGCCCUAGCCUGGGUGCCCAUAGCCUGCAGAAGCUUCUCUCUGGGAAUUCCUGGAUUAUCCCGCGUGAGACUCACACUCCCUCCCCCCAAAGUGGUUGAUCGUUGGAAUGAGAAGAGGGCUCUGUUUGGGGUGUAUGACAACAUCGGGAUCCUAGGAAACUUUGAAAAACACCCCAAAGACCUGAUUAAGGGUCCCAGAUGGCUUAGAGGUUGGAAGGGGAAUGAGUUGCAGCGUUGUAUUCGAAAGAAGAGAAUGGUCGGAAAUCGGAUGUUCAUUGAUGACCUGCACAACCUGACCAAACGCAUCAAUUACCUCUACAAACACUUUAACCGCCAUGGAAAGUACCGGUAGAAGAGAAAGCCCAGAACUGUGGAAGUGGCACCUCUGUUGCCUCAAAGGGGCUAAGGACUUUUCCUUGGAAAUGGAUUUGUCUGCUUUAUGCAAUAAAGUGGAGCAACUUUGAAAUCUG